GUCGUCAACACGCGUUCUGCACCUCUCACCAUGUCCCGUUAUCCUGCCCAUCUCUCUGCGGACAUGAGUCCGAACAAACUGACAAAGGCGCAGAAGUCUCGAGCGCGUCGUGAACCGUCUGGCGUGUUCUCUCUGUUUCAACCACCCCAGAUCCAACAGUUCAAGGAGGCAUUCUCGCUCAUAGAUCAAGAUCGCGAUGGUGUGGUCAGCGAACAGGAUUUGAAGGAGAUCUUCUCCAGUCUUGGGAUCAACCCCACCAAGCAGAUGCUUGACGCAUUGCUCAGCGAUCGACCCGGUAACCGCAACCAGUCCGUCAGCGGUGCAGACGACGCUGGUGGAGAUAAAGGGAUCAACUUCACCAUGUUUCUGACUAUGAUGGGCGAACACCUUUUCGAGUUUGACACCGAGGCGGAGUUGCUAGAAGCUUUCGAGUGCUUCGACGAGCAUGAUACCGGCAUGGUCAAGUGCGACGAAAUACGAAAAUGGUUGAGCGAAGUUGGGGAACGAAUGGAUCAGGAGGAGAUCGACCGGUUCCUCAAGGGGCCGUAUACGGAUCGCCAAGGGAACUUCAACUAUCGAGAAUGGGUCAAGGUACUGCGAAUCAACGCAGACGAUGACAAUAACGACAGCGAGACGUUAUGAUGGACAUGUCGUCCGAUGGACAUUGUACGCUUGUGAUUGCAACGAUACCCAGACCUGCGCAUUGUAUACCGCCAUGUAUUGAUAUUAUCUCUGUUUAACAAGCUGAUGCAUAUCUGAC